AUGACGGGGCAUGAUCAGAGGGAGUCUGCAGGCUGGGCUGGGGCUCCGUGCAGGUCAAGCUCUAGAACUAGAACGUGCCCUGCUAGGACUGACCUCAGCCUGUCUCUGGAUGUUCUGUCACAGGCCAGACUAAAACCUGGAGACCUGAUUGAGAUUUUUCGCCCUGGCUACGAGUACUGGGCCCUCUAUGUGGGAGAUGGCUACAUGGUCCAUCUGGCUCCUCCAGGUGAGAUCGCUGGGGCCGGCGCAGCCAGCUUCAUGUCCGCCCUGGAGGACAAGGCCAUAGUGAAGAAGGAACUGCUGUCUGUGGUGGCCGGGACAGACAGGUACCAUGUCAACAACAAACAUGAUGACAAGUACUCACUGCUGCCUCCCAGCAAGAUCGUCCAGCGGGCGGAGGAGCUGGUGGGGUGGGAGGUGCCCUAUAGUCUGACCAGCGCCAACUGUGAGAACUUUGUGAACGAGAUGCGCUAUGGAGUUCCCUGCAGCAACCAGGUCACCCCUGUGCUCAUGGCAGUGGGCGGGACAGCAGUGGUCCUAGGAGUGGGCGUGGUCCUCGCGGGCUUCGCCUGGUUCUCGAGGGACGGAAGCCAACCUGGCGGGAAAAGCAGUGACUCCAAGGAAUCGUCCUAA